AGCAGAUAAGAGCAGAGUUGGAAACUCGCAUACAGGCUGCACAAUGGCCAAUACACACACCCUCGUGUUUUCUGGAUUAUUCAUUCUCAUUUCGGUGCAGUGCACUUUGUGCAUCUCAGAUGAAGAGCUCACCCCAAGCUACUGGAACAACAAAGCGAAGCAGGCUCUUCACAGUGCCCUGAGUGUUCAACGUAGUGAACGUAAAGCUAAAAACCUCAUCCUCUUCCUGGGGGAUGGUAUGGGUAUACCAACGGUGACCGCUGCCCGGAUCCUCAAAGGCCAGCUGUCUGGAGGGUCUGGAGAAGAGAGCAGUUUGGUUAUGGAUACUUUCCCUCACGUGGCACUGUCUAAGACAUACAAUGUGGACCAGCAGAUGCCGGACAGUGCUGCAACAGCAACAGCGUACUUAUGUGGAGUUAAAGCCAACUAUGGCACCCUUGGUAUCUCAGCUGCCGGCCCAAGAGGCCAAUGUAGUACUGCCCAUGGGAAUGAAGUCGAAUCUAUUCUGCACCGUGCCAAGAAAGCAGGAAAAUCGGUUGGAGUAGUGACAACGACCAGAGUGCAGCAUGCUUCCCCUUCCGCCACCUAUGCUCACUCUGCCGACAGAGAAUGGUACGGCGACACCAAUCUCACAAAGGAAGCUGUCGAUAAUGGCUGUCGUGACAUUGCUUAUCAACUGGUCCACAACACAGAAAUAAAUGUUAUUCUUGGAGGAGGUCGUCUGUACAUGUUUCCCACAACCACGGUAGACCCAGAGUAUCCAGAUCAUCAUGGAGCCCGAAAAGAUGGACUAAAUCUUGUUGACAAGUGGGCAAAGAACAAAACAAAAGCUCAAUACGUGUGGCACAAAAAGGACUUUGAUGCUGUCGAUCCAGGAAACACAGACUUCCUCAUGGGUCUGUUUGAGCCCAAAGACCUCCGCUACGAAAUUGAACGAGAUCCAAUCACAGACCCUUCCCUCACAGAGAUGACAGAGAAAGCAAUUCAGAUUCUUAGCAAGAACCCCAAGGGUUUUUUCCUCUUUGUGGAAGGGGGGAGAAUUGACCAUGGACACCACGGCGGGGAAGCCAAGAAGGCUCUCUAUGAUGCUGUAGAGUUUGAUCGGGCAAUCGGGCGAGCAGCUGAGCUCACCAGUGAACUGGACACUCUAAGCGUCGUCACAGCUGACCACUCUCAUGUCUUUGCUUUCGGUGGAUAUUCCGCCAGAGGAAAUCCUGUUCUAGGGUUGUCUCGCUCACUUGCUAAAGACGACAAGAAUUUCACCACUACUGUGUAUGGGAACGGACCAGGAUAUGUGAUUACCAAUGGAAGUCGCCCUGAUGUGAAUGAGGCAGUUGCAGGAUCCACCGGCUACCGCCAGCAGGCUGCUGUCCCUCUUGACUCAGAAACCCACGGUAUAGAGGAUGUGGCUAUUUUUGCCAAAGGUCCAAUGUCCCACCUUUUUCAUGGAGUCCAGGAGCAAAGCUACAUCCCGCAUGUCAUGGCUUUUGCAGCAUGCAUAGAGCCCUACGAGGACUGCUCGCUAAACCAUGCUGCAGCAUUUCAUCCCAGCCUGCUGCUCCUUGUGACAGCCCUCCUCCUAUCUCUCCGCUCUGUCUUAGACUACAGUUCAUGAAUCUUGAUUUUGAAAUAAAUGUGCCAUUUUAUAGUUCGGUUAAUAUAUAAAUUAAUAUUAUAACUGUGGUGUAUGUUAUUUACGAGUUGUAUUUUUGUACAACAUUGACAUUAGUGUGAUUUUCACUAAUUACUACUUGUUCAAAUAACAUUGUGAUGAAAACCCUUGUUAUUACUGCAUGGAUGGAUGACUUUACAUAAUGUAUUAAACGUAUGUAUCUAAGUAAA